AUGUCACGCUACGAUGACUAUCGGUCGUCGACGGGAAGUUUCGAGACUCGCGACCGGCAUGAGCGUCGUCACUCUCGUGGCCCUCCGGUCAUGGAUCGACCCCGCCAGGUCGACGACGAACGCUUUGAGUUCCGUAUGCGCGAGGCAGACCGAUAUGGGCCCCCUGCACGUGCUCCAGGCCGGUACUAUGAAGACGAGCACCUGGUGCGCUCCUCUGGAGCUCUCGUUCCGCAUGACCGACGUCGGCGUCGCGACGAAAGUCCCUCGUUCGCUCCGCCUCGUCUAGUGAGACGGCAGUCUUCUCUCGACACUUUCGAUCGGAUUCCUCGCCGCAAGAUGGAAACACUUGAAGCUCGUGAUCGGCCGCGAGGCGCUCCUCGUGCGCCCCAUGUGCCUGCCCCGCCGCGAGCCGCACCGGGACAUUACCGUGAGCGAGAAAUUUAUGAAGAUAUCCGCAUCGCCGAGCCGGACCUUUAUGGCGACGAGGAGUUUCGAGGAUUCAGGGAGCGCAGAUCUAUGGACCAUCAUCGACGUCGCUCGAGUAGCGGCACCCGUUCACGGCGGGAAGAGAAGCCUUAUCCUCGUAAGGGCAAGACUCGCAUUCCGCGCAAAUGGGUUCAUGUGCAUGCCAUUUUGGAUCUGGGAUAUCCAUUCAAGGAGGAUGGCGAGGUCAUUGUCAUCCAGAAAGCACUGUCCAAGGAGCAAAUCGACGAGGUCAUUAGUCUGAGCAAAGAAUUCCGAAGGCCCGCUGAACACGUGGAAACUGAAUAUCUACGUGUCCCGCGAUCCCCCGUGCGGACCAUCCCUCGCGAACGGGUCACGACCGAGCAUCUGGUCGUUGACUCACGUCACCGGGAUGCACACUACAUUGAAGCUUCGCCGCACAGACGUGAGAGACACGAAGAAAUCGAUUACGAAGAGUACGCUCCACGGUCGCGGACCAUGAUUGUCUCUCGACCACGGUCUGUGUCUGUGAACACGCAUGCCCGUCCUUCAACAUCCCUCCAACUGAUUGAGCCGCGAAAUUAUGCUGAAGAGCGGAUUGAAACUCGUCCUCGCAACUCAGGCCAGAUGGUUUUGGUUCGGCCACGGGAGAGCGACCGCGAGCUUGACGAGUAUGUGCGUGAGCUCGAAGAGGAGGCGAGGAUGCUCCGGCUGGAACGACGGGGUGGUUACGAGGUGACUCGAGAUCGUGAAACCGAUGUCAUUGACAGCAGGGGCAAUGAGACAGAGAUCCACGAGGUUCGACGUACCGAACGCAGAGAACCCAGUGCGGGCGUGAUGCGGGCCAUGCUAGCCACUCUCACAUGA